AAAAACACAGGCAGUGUCAUUGACCCAAACAUUGCUCAAACCUCAAAACACGCCCGCGGUAUCUUUCUCUUCUCUUCCAUUAGAAAAUGUCACAACCAACGAUUCUCCUACGUAGGACGAACAAUCAUCUCCCAGAAGAAAUCGUGUUGGAAAUCCUAGUAAGGCUACCCGUGAAAUCACUCCUAAGAUUCAGGUGCUUUUGCAAAUCUUGGUACGGUUACAUAGCCACCCCCAAUUUCAUCAAGAAUAACUUACUGUACUGCAAUGACCACAAUCGUGGUUUUUUCAUACACAUGCCCAAGACUACUGGUUCCAUGGUUUCUUCUAGUCGUCCUCACGGUCAAAUCUGUACGGUAGCUUCCCGCCACACGUUUGAAGCUAUAUCCGAGCUUAGAAUUCCCUUCACUUUUCAAUCUGGGUAUCCCCAUUUUGUGGGUUCAUGUAAUGGCAUAUUGUGUUUCUCUGAUCAUAGGUCUUUUGAGUUUAAGGAUGUAUACUUGUGGAACCCCAGUAUUAGAAAAUUUAAGAAAUUGCCCGAUACUUGCUUGACCCAGUUAUUUAAUGUGAGUCUAGGAUUUGGGUUUGAUUCCCAGAAUAAUGACUACAAGGUUGUCAGGAUUUCAGAGUCUACUGCCAAACCUAUGCCUCCCCCUGACGUUGAGGUGUACUCCUUAAGUUCGGAUUCAUGGAAAAGAGUUGGACUUGGAAUCUCCUGGAGAUCCAAUGUUGUGUUCCACAAAUUUAAUUGUACUUUGACAUUCCCGUUUGUGAGUGGAAAUUUGCAUUGGAUGAUAGAAAUGAUAGAAGGAGGUGGGCAAGAGAGGCUUUUUACUUCUAUCAUUUUGUCAUUUGAUGUCAAUAGUGAGAAAUUCAAAGAGCUACUACUGCCUGAUGAUGAAGGAAGUUGUAUUACAAAAUGUCUUACGUCAUUCAAGGAAAAACUGGCUUUGAUUAAAUUUGGAUAUGGUGUACAGCCACAUAGCUUGCUAUGCUCAAUUUGGGUGAUGGGUGAUUCCUGGAAUAAACUUCGAGUUCUCCCAAUUGAAAAUCUUACUGAUUUCAUUGGUUUCACCAACUAUGGUUUACUUCUAGUUCAAAAAAGGUCUCCGCUGGUCUCUACCAACAGUGAAUUAGAGAGGAAACAUAAGUCUGUUUUAAUUGACCCUGAAACUCUACAUGAGAAGGAGAUUCAAGUUGAUUAUCGUUUAGAUGUAGCUGCUUACAUGGAAAACCUUGCUUUACUUGAUGGAGCAAAUGUGGUAUCUUACUAAGAAGAUGGUGCUAUUAGUAUAAAAAGUGAUGUCAUCACAGAAACAAUCAAGUUGGAUUUCAUGGUCUCCUUCCCAUAUAUGGCCAUCAGAAGUGUUAAGUUGAAUAUACAUGACAGCUCUAAAGGCAACCAUGAUUCUUUGGGAGCUGGCAGUAUCAUUAGAGAUUAUUUAGGUCAUUAGAUUCUCAUUUUUUGAAUUAACAUAGAAUAUUCAACAAGCAGUAUUGUUAGCCCAACAAUUUUAGGGAGAUUGGUAGAGGACAUGGUAGAGGUGAUUGGUUGUGGAACAAUGCCAUGAGUAGCACACACCUUUGGAUUAAUGGGGUUUAUUUUGAUACAUAAGUGUAUUGAUAAUUAUGGAAUAAUCAUUGUCUAAUUAUAAAGGAACUCUUCAUCUAGUAAUUGUUAUGAUAGGUUUUCAAUCUAUGAUGUCUGCUCCAUGAUGAUUACUCUUAUUCAAGAGAU